AUGGAAUCAAAAGAAAAUUAUGGCUCAAAAAAUAAGCUUAUAAGUCCACCACCAAAAUAUAUUCGUAGUACACCAUAUCGUUUUAGAGAAUCAUCACCGACACGACAACAACAACAACAACAAUCGCCACCACAAAGAAUAAUCACACCAAUUAAAGUGAAACGUCCAUCAGAUAAAUAUUCAUAUCUAGAUGAUAUCUGUUGUAUUGCAUUAAUAUGUAAUGAACAUCAACGUAUUGGUCUUUUGGAUAUACCACAAAAAGGUCUAUUCUUUCCAUCAUUAUCAUGUCGAAUGUCAAACUAUUCAGUAAAUUCGGUGGUCCGUGAAAUGCUUAAUCGUAUAUUUGGCGAUGUUCAUGUUUCAUUCAUUCACUCUACAAGUAUGGCACAAAUUAUAUUGAAUUCCAUAUGUAUGGAAAAGUGA